AUGCUGAAGGUUGGCUGCUGUCGGACGCUGCGGCGCUGGAAUCGAGUCUGUCGCAGAAACUGUCGCACUGCAGUCAAAUCUGUGCUGUUCUAUUGGCUGGUUCUCCUGCUGGUCUUCCUCAACACCUCCCUCAGUGCCUCUGAGCACUACAACCAGCCGGAGUGGCUGACCCAAGUCCAGGACAUCGCCAACAAGGUGCUGCUGUCGCUCUUCACAGUGGAGAUGCUACUGAAGAUGUACAGUUUGGGUCUGGCUCAUUACUUUGUGGCCUUCUUUAACCGCUUCGAUUGCUUUGUGGUGUGCGCUGGCAUCAUCGAGACCAUCCUGGUGGAGAUGAACAUCAUGCCUCCUCUGGGGAUUGCCGUGUUGCGCUGCGUCCGCCUGCUGCGCAUCUUCAAGGUCACACGCCAUUGGACAGCUCUGUCCAACCUGGUGGCGUCCCUACUGAACUCCAUGAAGUCCAUUGCCUCACUUCUGCUCCUCCUCUUCCUCUUCCUUAUCAUCUUCGCUCUUCUCGGCAUGCAACUGUUCGGAGGAAAGUUCAACUUUGACGAAACACAGACAAAACGAAGCACCUUUGACGCCUUCCCUCAGGCACUGCUCACCUGCUUCCAGAUCCUGACAGGUGAGGACUGGAACGUGGUCAUGUAUGACGGCAUCAUGGCAUACGGAGGUCCCGUGUUUCCUGGGAUGAUUGUCUGCAUUUACUUCGUCAUCCUCUUCAUCUGUGGCAACUACAUCCUGCUGAACGUCUUCUUGGCCAUAGCUGUUGACAAUUUGGCUGGAGGAGACAAAGAGGACAAGAAAAAGGAUAAGCAGAAGGAAGGAGCUGAGGAGGAGGAGGAGGCUGAAGGAGAUGUGAAGGUGGACAUUGAUGAAGACACUGAGUAUGAGGAAGACGAGGAGCUUCCCGAGGGAGACGAUGAGGGAGGAGUCCAGCUGAAGAUGGCAGAUCUAGCUCCACCUAAAGAGAAGGUUGUUCCAAUCCCAGAAGGUAGCGCAUUCUUCUGCCUCAGCAAAACCAACCCCAUCCGAAAGGCCUGCCACACUCUGAUCCAUCACCACAUCUUCACCAACCUCAUCCUACUCUUCAUCAUCCUCAGCAGCUGUUCAUUGGCUGCUGAGGACCCAAUCAGAGCCCACUCCUUCAGGAACAACAUUCUGGGUUAUGCAGAUUACGCCUUCACUUCCAUCUUCACCGUGGAGAUUCUGCUGAAGAUGACAGUCCACGGAGCGUUUCUCCACCAGGGCUCAUUCUGCAGAAACUGGUUCAACCUGCUAGAUCUGCUGGUUGUCAGCGUCUCACUGGUCUCCUUCUUCUUGCACUCCAGCGCCAUCUCUGUGGUGAAGAUCCUCCGUGUUCUCAGGGUUCUUCGACCUCUGAGAGCCAUCAACAGAGCCAAAGGACUCAAGCACGUGGUCCAAUGUGUGUUUGUGGCGAUCAGAACCAUCGGAAACAUCAUGAUUGUCACAACACUGCUGCAGUUCAUGUUCGCCUGCAUCGGAGUCCAGCUCUUUAAGGGUAAAUUUUACCGCUGCACUGAUGAGGCCAAGAGCACACCUGAACAGUGCAAGGGGACCUUCGUAGUGUACAAAGAUGGAGAUGUGACUCAUCCAAUGGUUAGAGAACGGAUCUGGUUGAACAGUGACUUUAACUUUGAUAACGUGUUGAUGGGGAUGAUGGCGCUCUUCACUGUGUCCACCUUUGAGGGCUGGCCUGCGUUGUUGUACAAAGCCAUAGAUGCCAACGGAGAGAACUCUGGUCCCAUCUACAACUACAGAGUGGAGAUUUCCAUCUUCUUCAUUGUCUACAUCAUCAUCAUUGCCUUCUUCAUGAUGAACAUCUUUGUAGGCUUCGUCAUCAUCACCUUCAGAGAGCAAGGAGAGCAGGAGUACAAGAACUGUGAACUGGACAAGAACCAGACUGCAAAAUGUCCCAGUAAAACCAGUUCUGCACUAAACCUCCCGGGCCGAGAUAGGACAACCAAUCUCUAA